AAAAUUGAACUGCGUUUGUAAAUUCUUAAAAUAAUCAUAAAGCGUUUACACAUAUAACAAAUUGGCAAAAACUUUGCUGAAAAACAGAAAAGCAAAAUAGCCACACAGAGAAGCCGCCCAUUGAAAAAAGCAAAGCAAAUCAAAUCAGCAGAUACUAGGCAACAACGUCGUCGUCGUCUAACCAAAUAAUUAGUUAAACUAAAUCAAUCAAACGAAGAGAAGAAGGGAAUAUGUCUGUGAUUGGCAUCGAUUUCGGUAACGAGGGCUGCUAUGUGGCGGCGGCCAGAUCCGGCGGCAUCGAGACUCUUGCCAAUGACUACAGUCUGCGUGCAACCCCCUCGUUUGUGGCCUUUGAUGGGAAGAAGCGCAUCAUUGGCGUUGCCGCUAAGAACCAACAGGUGACCAACAUGAAAAACACAGUCGGCGGCUUCAAGCGUUUACUUGGCCGCAAAUUCAAUGAUCCACAUGUACAACACGAACUCAAGAGCAUUCCAGCGCGCGUGGAGGCGCGCAAUGAUGGCAGUAUUGGCAUCAAAGUCAACUAUUUGCACGAGGAUCAGCAUUUCUCGCCGGAACAACUGACGGCCAUGCUCUUCACCAAACUGAAGGAGUCCUCGGCGGCCGCUAUGCAAACGCAGGUGAAUGACUGUGUCAUCACCUGUCCUGUCUUCUUUACGAAUGCGGAGCGUCGCGCCUUGCUGGAUGCCGCACAAAUCGCCGGACUCAAUGUGCUGCGCCUGAUGAAUGAGACAACGGCGACGGCGCUGUCCUAUGGCUUCUACAAGAACGAUCUGUUGGAGGAUAAGCCUCGCAAUGUGAUCUUUGUUGAUUUAGGCCACUCGUCGCUGCAGGUCAGCGCCUGUGUGUUCACCCAGGGCAAGCUAAAGAUGCUGGCCAGCAGCUGGGAUCAGAUCGGUGGACGGGACAUAGAUCUGGCGCUGGCCGAAUACUUCACCAAGGAGUUUCUCGAACGCUAUAAGAUUAAUGCCAAGACCAAUGCACGCGCCAAUUUACGUCUGCUGACCGAAAUCGAGAAGCUAAAGAAGCAGAUGUCUGCCAACAGCACCAUGCUGCCACUAAACAUUGAAUGCUUCUUGGAUGAUGUCGAUGUCAGCUCCUCAAUGCAACGUGCCCAAAUGGAGGAGCUCUGCGCUCCAAUCUUUCAACGAGUGGAGCAAACCUUUAAGAGGCUGCUGCAAGAGUCCAAGCUGUCAUUGGACGAAAUACAUUCGGUGGAAAUUGUUGGCGGCAGCACUCGCAUACCAUCCAUCAAGCAGCUCAUUGAGCAGGUCUUCAAUAAGCCGGCUAGCACCACACUCAACCAGGAUGAGGCUGUAUCUCGCGGCGCAGCUCUUCAGUGCGCCAUUAUGUCGCCGGCUGUGCGUGUCCGUGAAUUUGGAGUGACCGAUAUACAAAACUAUGCCGUCAAAGUUCUCUGGGAUGGCGAUGGCGCCUCCUCGAAUGGUGAGGUUGAGAUCUUUCCGCAAUUCCAUCCGUCACCGUUCAGCCGCUUGGUGACAAUUGCUCGCAAAGGACCCUUCAAUGCGUCCAUUGUGUAUGGUCAGCAGGUGCCGUAUCCGGAUCAAACCAUUGGCGUCUGGAAAAUCAAGGACGUGAAGCCGACGGACCGUGGCGAGAGCCAGGACGUUAAACUGAAAGUGCGCAUCAAUCAGAAUGGCAUCGUAUUGAUUUCAUCGGCUACACUUAUCGAUCGUAAGGAGCAGGAAGAGGCUGCCGCUGCUGGGGAGCAGGCUGCUGCCGAGGAGAAGACUGCCGGCGAGCAAGCGGCACCCAAUGCUGGUGGCGAACAAAUGGAUGCCCAACCGGAGGCAUAUUGUGAGAAUGAGGAUGAUAAUAAUACAUCAACAGCCUCAUCACCUGGCGGACAAGGGUGGGCACAACGGGUCAAGGGCUGGUUUGGUUCGGGCACCGACAAGACCAAGAAGAAGUCCACAAAGGCCGUUGAGCUGCCAAUGGACGUGGCUACGCAUGGCUUCAAUCUAGCCGAGAUGGCCAAUUAUUCGCAACAGGAGACUAAGAUGAUCACCAACGAUCAGAAGGAGACGGAGCGCAUCGAUGCUAAAAACGGAUUGGAAGAGUUUGUUUACGAUAUGCGCAACAAGCUGCUGGGCGGACCACUUGAGCGUUAUGUGGUCGAUUCGGAGCGCGAAGCGAUUGUGUCGCAGCUGAAUGAUCUCGAGAACUGGCUAUAUGAAGAUGGUGUGGACUGCGAGCGUGAGACUUACACCAGCCGACUCACGGCGUUGCUGCAAAAGACCGAUCCCAUCCGGCAUCGCGCACACGAUUUCGAGCAGUGUCCAGCUGUUUUCGAGGAGCUGAAGAACAGCAUCGCUUGGGCCCGCCAGGCCGUCACCGAGUUCCGCAAGGGAGUGCCCAAAUACGAUCAUCUGACGGAGACCGAGUUCAUCAACAUUGCCGAAACUGCGGACAAGGCGCAAAAGUGGCUAGAUACCAAUCUGUCGAAGUUCACGCAAUCUCCUCGCACCGCUGAUAGUCCCGUGCAGCUUGCAGCUCUGCGCCACGAGGUGCAAUCAUUGAAUGCCUGCGUCAACUCGGUCAUUACGCGCGCGAAACCGAAGCCAGCUCCUGCUAAGACAACGACUCCGCCCAAGGAUACCGCGAAUGCGGAUCAAAAUGGUGGCGAUCCAAAUUCGGCUGCUGCCGGCGACAAAAUGGAUGUGGAUGGCAACAAUGCGCAGAAUGCGGGCGUCAAUGAUCCAUCCAUGGAUGUGGAGUGAGCUGUGCUCAAUGUGCGUCGUCUCGUCGGUAAAGAGUAUAUUCAAAAAUAUAUAUAUGGUAUUGGCUAACGGUAAACAAACAACAACAACAUCAACUACAUCAACAACAACAAAAACAAGAAAACAAAUUUAACUUAACGUAUACAAGAACAUGAAACAAACAACAAAACAACAAUUGUAUAUGCACUUUUGCUUUUUCGAAGCAUCAGCAGACAAACUGGCAAACUGUAAACAUAAGCUACACGUGUAAGCGAAUAAAACAAAGGAUUAUGAUUUGAUUAAAUGCAGCAACAGAUAACGGUAGAGACAGGCAAUGAAUAGUAGUGGCAGGCAGCGCUGAAUGGAUGUGGAUGCAACAACAACAACAAAUUAAUAAAAAAGAAACAUUUUCUAAUCGACAAUUUUUUGCAUAUAGUUGAAUAAUAACAAAAGCGACACUAAAUGAAUGGAAUUCAAAUAAUCAAAUAAAAUUAUAAUGAUGAUUCCGAAAAGCACGAAAAAUGGGUUUCAUUUUUAAAUCGGUCACAUUGACUACAAUGUGGGGGUCUGAAAUUUCCCUAUUCACAUAUUCAAGAUCAAAGACGUAUGUAUUUUAUAGGUUUAGGAUAUAUGUAUUAUAAGCAAAUAAACAAUCUGUUUUGUUUCAUUGCCAAUAUAAACAUUUUCUGGGAAAUUGAAAUUGUUGGAAUGCCCAUUAAGUGAGAUUCAUAUAUGCACGCAUAUAUGCAUAUAUAUAUAUUUAUAUUCUUGAAGAGCAACGGUUUAGGUAUAAAAUGUAGAAACGUUCAUAAAUAUUCCAUUCACGUUUUGGCUGCUGAACAUAUCGCAACAAGUUUAAAGAAAAAAUCAAAUUAUUAAAAUGAAAGUCAUUGUAAUUUUACUAAUUGUCAUGCAGGCAUAUUUAAUAAGCGCUGCAUCCACAAAUCUUUCGUUGAGCGAGUUAUCGGUCAAUUUGAAUAAACGUUGCGAAUCCUAUUGCCAAACUCUGAUGCAGAGUGAAGAUGAACCCGAAAAAGAUAACAAAAUAAAGGAACUCGAAGCUAAGAUAGCUGAGCUUCAAGCCAAUUUGGCGGAUCUUAGUGAGAAGACAAGUGAAUAUGAGCAGAAAAUGAAAUUGGACGAUGAGCUAGUGGCACAGAUUAGUUCGAGAAUGGAUAACAUGAAAAAUAAAGUGCAACAAAUUGCACACAUCCACUCAAAUAAGAUGCCCACACAAAUGGAAAUCGAAGCUAAAAUCUAAAUAAAUUUAAAUAUUCUACAUUUAAACUUUGUUCUCUGAAAUGAUGGAAAAUACAUACGACACUUGUAGCAUAA